CUACGUGAAUUGAGAGCGACCCUCAUGGAAUGCACCGGUUAUCGUUUCUUCUCGUCAUCACUACUGUUUGCAUUCGAUGCCGAUGCUGCCGAUUCGACUACAGACGAUGCCAUUCGGUUACGGCUCAUCGACUUUGCCCAUUCGACUCUGCCCGGAUUUGCGCAGGACAUCGCCUAUGAAGGAGUGGACGAGGGCUGUAUCCUUGGCAUCGACAGUAUCCUCGCUGCCAUCGACGUCACUCCAUGUCCACCGGCCCCACCGAAUGCAACCACCAAUACACCACCUUCGUGA